AACUCAUACAACUCACCAUGCGCGGCGUGCAAGUUUCUUCGCCGGAAAUGCAUGCCGGGAUGCAUAUUCGCGCCAUAUUUUCCACCGGAGGAGCCACACAAAUUCGCCAACGUCCACAAAAUCUUCGGAGCAAGCAACGUCACGAAGCUCCUCAAUGAGCUCCUCCCUCACCAACGUGAAGAUGCAGUCAACUCUUUAGCCUACGAGGCCGAGGCACGUGUCCGUGACCCUGUCUAUGGCUGCGUUGGAGCCAUCUCUUAUCUCCAGAGACAAGUCCAUAGGCUUCAGAAGGAGCUCGACGCUGCUAAUGCUGACUUGGCACAUUAUGGUUUGUCUACGUCAGCCGGCGGAACACCUGGCAACGUCGUGGACUUGGUUUUCCAGCCUCAGCCGCUUCAGUCGCA